AUGACUCUCGACAUAGGAAACGACGCGUUGUUGUGCAAAGUAUUCCCCGCCAGCCUACAAGGUCAGGCUCUCUCAUGGUUUCACCGACUACCCCCAAACUCUGUUGAUAACUUCCGAGACCUAUCGGAAGCUUUUGUGGGGCAAUACCUGUGCUCCGCCCAGCAUAAACAGAACAUCAGCACCCUGCAAAACAUAAAAAUGCAGGAGAAUGAGUCUUUAAGGGAAUUCGUGAAACGGUUCGACCAGGCUGUGCUACAAGUGGAGGCCUACAGCAUGGAUGUUGUCCUCCAAAUCUUCAAGCGAAGCAUAUGCCCAAGCACCCCAUUCUUUGAAUCACUCGCUAAGAAGCCUCCCACGACUAUGGAUGACUUGUUCCGGCGCGCGAGCAAAUACUCGAUGCUGGAAGAUGAUGUGCGUGCAGCCACCCAGCAAAUUUUGGUUGCCGGACAGACAUCCAGAAGCGACGCGGAAAGAAGUUCCAAACUUCCGGACCGGCCAAGGCCAUCUGGUCGAAGGCAGGAGGAGCAAAGUCGCCUAGAACUGCCACCAUUCACGCCCCUUUCCGUAUCAUAUGAGAAGUUUAUCCCUAUGAUCCAAGACCUAUCCGACUUUAGGUGGCCCGGACCCAUUAGAACGGACCCAGCCAAGAGAGAUCAUAGCAAGAAGUGUGCUUACCAUAAAGAGCAUGGUCACACAACGGAGCGAUGCAGGAGCCUCCAUUAUUUGGUAGAAAGGGUCAUAAAAGUAGGACAUUUGAAGCAAUACCUCCGCUCAAAAGCCAGAGUUAGAGAUACUCCCCGAAAUCACAACUCUGGGACCUCCAAGACCCCAAUCGUCCCCAAAGCUGUCAUCAAUUACAUCCACAGAGGACCACUGGAUGAGGAGUACAACUCCAAACGAAAGAAGCAGAGGUUGUUGCGAGCAAAAUCAGUGCGUGAGUGCAUCAAUUCCAUCUGGCCCGGGAUAACUGGCGGGAGCGCCCGACCAAUAGAUGGGACAAUCGUUUUCCCCCCAAUAGAUCCCACACGAAUAUUACAACCACACCGUGACGCCCUCAUCUUAUUCCUGGGGAUAGGAGACUUUGAUGUAAGACGGAUCCUAAUCGACCCAGGCAACUCGGUCGAUCUUUUACAGGCAUCAGUAAUUAAUCAGAUGGGACUCGAGCUAUCCGACUUAGAAAACCCUGGGCUGAUCUUGUCGGGAUUCAAUGGAGCGGCAACCACCUCCCUUGGAGACAUUAUGUUGUCGGUCCAAGUAGGCCCCGUCACUCUCAAUGUACAAUUUUUAGUGGUAGGAGAUUUGUCCCCCUUCAAUGCUAUCUUGGGGCGCACGUGGCUGCACUAUAUGAAAACCAUCCCUUCCACGUACCAUCAGAUGGUAAGCUUUCUCACUGAAGAUGGACAAAUCGACCUAUACGGCAGCCAGUUGGCCGCUCGCCAGUGCUAUCAGAUAGCGCGAGAGGUUGGGUCCAGCAAAGAUGGCGAGUCCCUCCCUGAACCCACCAACGCAUCUGACCAAUAG